AUGGGAGAAGAAUUAAUUUUGAAAAUUGUAGAUGUUAAUCCAUAAACUUCAAUUAAUGAUAUUGGUAAUAUCAUCAAGGCAAGUGGAGAAUGGUACACUAAAGAUGCAGAAGCAAAAAUCACUAUAGAUUUUGGGAAUGCUGUGAUUUCUCAAAUAUCUAUAUGUAUUUCAAUUUAAUUAACAUAGAGAAUUUUAAUGCAGAUGAAGUUAGUAUACAAUUAAAAGGAGAUGACAAUAAUGAACUUUAUUAUGACAAAAUAAUUUGGAAAAAGGAUAUUCAAUGGAAUAAAACUUAAAAUGUAGACAUUAAUGAAGUCUCCUAAGAAAUAUUCAAUUAAAUGAUUAUAUAAGUCUUGAAUUACACUUAAAAAGAAUACAAGGGAUUGAAAAGAAUUAGGGUUUAUGGAAUUUAAGAUGAAUAACUUUAUAAUCAAAGGAAGAAAAAUAUUAAGUCUUUAAAAAAGUAAUCUAAAGAUAAACAGAAAAAAUAGGAAAUAGAUACUUCAACAAAAAAUAAAAGUGAACAAAAGGAUACUAAUAUAAAUCAAAUUAAAGUAGAUGGAUCAUCUAAUAAAAAAAAUAAUAAAUGGGAAUUAUACAAUAAAUCCAACAAUCAAUCCAAUAAAGAAUAAGUCUUUAAUGAUCCAAGAGAAAAAUUGAGAAAUAUUCAUAAAAGUCCAUCUCCGAUUAGAGAAGAAAUUCAUUAAUUUAACUAAAAUUCUGUUCAAAACUCUAAAUCCUCUGAUAUAUUUGAAAAACUUGGGUAAAACAUUAAUGAAAUAAAUAUGAUUAGAUACAACUUUAAUUAAAUUGAUAAACAAUUUUUAGAACUACAUUAACAAUGUAAUUCUUAAAUUUUUUAUUUUAUUUAGUACAAAAGAGCUUAGGUAUUGGAAAAGACAAGUUUCUAAAUUAAACUAAUUUCGAAAUCCAUUGGCUCAAAUGA